AGGUCCUAUCGCCGCCCUCGCCCGCCUUGGGGACACCGGAAGCAAAAAAAACAGGCUCGCCCGGCUGAUGAGGACCACAACUCAGUUGAUAACACAGACGGGAGAAACGAUUCGCUGGCCAUGCCUCACCAUGGAGAACCGGCUCAUCACCGCCCAAGACUUCCGCGCCUGCUCGCCAGGCACCAGCAGCAAUGGCAGCGCCGGCGGCGCGCAGAGGACGACAUGGGCCGCGCAGUGCGACUGGGAGCGCCACAGGGACCGCAUCAUUGACCUGUACAAGUUCCAGGAUCACACCCUACGCAGUGUGAUGCACAUCAUGCAGCAUGAGCAAGGCUUUGUCGCAACACCAAAGAUGUACAAGUAUCACCUGCGGAAAUGGGGCAUCCAGAAGAACCUCCGCGCAAAGCAGGCCCGGGAGCUGCUGCAGCAGACCAGGCACGCGGGCAGGGAGGUGACCGAGGUCUCCAUCGGCGGCAUCAGGGUCGACCAGGACCGCCUCCGGAACCUGCUCAAGCGAGCAUCCAAGGCACAGCGCGGCGCAGCAGGCCCGCCAACAACAACAACCACAGUAGUGAUACCACCAACAACAACAACCGCACUCUCGGGCAGCAGCGAGGCGAGCAGCUCGCCGGCGACGUGCCGGCUCUCGCCGCCCUCGCCACCCUCGCCAUCCCCGCUGCCCACGGCCCGGCUCCGGCCCCCCCACCCCCAGCCACAGCUGGAGCAGGUCCUCCACGCGCUCCGCAGCUACGUGAGCGGCAGCUUCGGCGCGGGGCGGUGGACGCGGUCCCACGUGCCGUGGCAGGACGAGCUGGUGGUGGCGGCGCACAACUGCUCGUGGUCGGCGGGGCGGCUGAUGAACGCGGGCCACGUGCGGGCGGCGUUCCGGCUGCUGUCGAUAUGCAUGGACUCGUGCCGGCACCUGCUCAUGACCGACACCCCCUACUUCCCGGCCAGCAUCUACGCGCUGCUGUUCGAGUUCUCCAAGCGCCACGGCGACCUCAGCCGCGCCGUGCUCGGCUUCCUGCGCGACCUGAGCCUCGUCGUCUACGGGUCCCGCCGCCACCCCGUCUACGUCCUGUUCGAGGCCAUGCGCCAGAUGUCCUCGGCCCAGAUGACCCAGUGCGCCUGGGCCGUCUCGCGCGCCUACCAGGACGCCCUGCUCGCCGAGCUGGGCGAGGGCUCCGCCUACGAGGCCCAGCUGGCCGCCCACAACGGCCGCAACCUCAGCUGGACCGCCGCGUACGGCGCCGUCGACGACCUGGGCGUCGAGAUGGCCCUGCAGGAGAACCUCGAGGACGUGUCGUCGGGGGCAGGGGCCGGGGCCAGUGUUGAUGGUGCCAGUCCUACGGCCAGCUUCGAGGCGCUGGAGGCGAGGCUGCGCAUCGCCAACUUCAUGCUGGACCGGGACCGCUACGCCGAGGCCCGGGACCUGGCGGAGGAGGUGCUGGCGCAGGCGCAGGCGGGGGAGCACGGCCCGGGCGCGCAGGACGCAUACCUCCUGGACGACUGCUACCGGAUCCUGUUCUGGGUGUCGCGGCGCGAGGGCACGGCGGAGGAGACCACGGCGGCGGCGGCGCGGUGGGUCGGCAUGUGCACGGCGAGGCUGGGCCGGUGGCACGAGCUGACGGUCGACGCGCUCGGCGAGGUGGCCGGGUACCACCGGGACGCGGGCAACGCCGACGAGGCCGAGCGGCUGCGGCUGGACCACGAGGACGCCAUCGAGGGCAUGUGCGAGCGCCUGGAGCGCCUCGGGCUGGGCUACGAGGGCGCCACCCCCCAGCGCCGGACGGUGCUCUACGGGCGGACCACGCAGCAGCCGGAUGCUGUGAUCAAACGGCCGAUGUUGUGUGAGGUGCCAGGGGGUUCGAAAUAAACAAAAUGCUUGAGUGCCAUCAAAACGUACGCACUUGUUCCUGGAGAACGCCAGCGAGACAGGGUCGUGAUGGGAUCUGAUAUAUAUAACAAAGUUUAGUUGCAUAAUAGCCCGGACAUAGCGUGAAUUGAUACCAUGAGAAACCA